GUGGCUAUCAAGGAAUUUAUACUUUCCUGCAGCGUUUCCACCUCAGCUCGUGCCUCACGCAGCCGACAUUGUUGUGGGGUCUGCGGCGUCGAGUUUCCGCCAUGGAUCUUCUCGCGUAAAACUUUUUACGGGAAGCUGA